AUCCCAAGGACUCCAGGGAUAAGAAAGGGAGUGCAGCAGGAACUUUGCCCAGUUAAGGCACAAGCGACAGACACUGAAAAGCAGGAUGUUUAAGGAUGAGUGACCACGACCACAUCGAUGCGGCGAAUGCCAGCGGGAGCGAUCCCCUCCUGGAUCUCCAUAACCUGGAGGACAUUGGCGAAAGCGUUGAGCUAAAGUGUCUGAUACAAGAGCACAUCGAAGCCUCCACCUAUGGCAAUGCCAGUGACCACUGCCUCACCCAGUUUGACUCCAUUCUAUGUUGGCCAAGAACGGCAAGAGGAACGCUGGCAGUGCUCCAGUGCAUGGACGAGUUGCAGGGGAUUCACUAUGACAGCAGCAAAAAUGCCACGCGGUUCUGUCAUGCCAAUGGAACGUGGGAGAAGUACACCAACUACGAUGCCUGCGCCCACCUGCCCGCCCCGGAAACGGUGCCGGAGUUCGAGGUCAUCGUGGAACUGCCCACCAUCAUCUACUACAUAGGGUACACCAUCAGCCUGGUCUCGCUGUCGCUGGCGCUGAUUGUCUUUGCGUACUUCAAGGAACUGCGUUGCCUGCGCAACACCAUUCACGCCAAUUUGUUCUUCACGUACAUCAUGUCGGCUUUAUUCUGGAUACUCUUGCUAUCCGUGCAGAUAUCCAUUCGUAGUGGCCUGGGCAGCUGCAUUGCCUUGGUCACCUUGUUCCACUUCUUCACGCUGACAAACUUUUUUUGGAUGCUGGUCGAGGGCCUAUACCUAUACAUGCUGGUGGUAAAAACCUUCUCAGGCGACAACCUGCGCUUCAACAUCUACGCCUCCAUAGGCUGGGGUGGUCCUGCGGUGUUCAUUGUCACCUGGGCGGUGGCCAAGAGCCUGACGGUCACCUACAGCACCCCCGAAAAGUAUGACAUCAACUGUCCCUGGAUGCAGGAGACCCAUGUGGAUUGGAUAUACCAGGGGCCUGUCUGUGCGGUGCUAAUCAUCAAUCUCACCUUCCUGCUGCGCAUCAUGUGGGUUCUCAUCACAAAGCUUCGGUCGGCCAACACCGUGGAGACGCGUCAGUAUCGGAAAGCGGCCAAGGCCUUGCUGGUGCUCAUUCCUCUUUUUGGCAUCACCUACCUGGUGGUAUUAGCCGGUCCCUCGGAAUCUGGCCUAAUGGGUCACAUGUUUGCGGUUCUGCGAGCUGUUCUACUGAGCACUCAGGGCUUCUCCGUGUCGCUUUUCUACUGUUUCCUCAACUCGGAGGUGAGAAAUGCACUGAGACACCAUAUCUCCACGUGGCGGGACACGCGCACCAUUCAGCUCAACCAGAACAGAAGGUGAGACUUUAAAGCUUAGGAUAACACUUGUGACUUACAAUUUCUCCUCGUGUAAUCCCUGCUGGCAGAUACACGACGAAA